AUACUCCGUUACAUUUUUGCUUUCACAGCUCCCAUAUCUAAACAAAAUGGCCCCCAAGAAGGACGAGAAGCCCCCGACUCAGGAGGCCGGCGCCGAGGCCCCUGCCAAGGCCGAGGCCAAGCCCAAGGCCGAGAAGGCCGCCAAGAAGGCCAAGAAGGAGCCCUCCAAGAAGGCUGCCAAGGAGCCCAAGGGCGAUGGCGAGAAGAAGGACAAGAAGAAGAAGAAGAGCGCCGUGGAGACCUACAAGCUGUACAUCUACAAGGUGCUCAAGCAGGUGCACCCCGACACCGGCAUCAGCAGCAAGGCCAUGUCUAUCAUGAACAGCUUCAUCAACGACAUCUUUGAGAAGGUGGCCACCGAGGCCUCCAAGCUGAGCCGCUACAACAAGAAGCCCACCGUGACCUCCCGUGAGAUCCAGACCGCCGUGCGCCUGGUGCUGCCUGGCGAGCUGGCCAAGCACGCGGUGUCGGAGGGCACCAAGGCCGUGACCAAGUUCACCUCGGGCUAAGCGCCCUCUGGACCGAUGACCUGGUGACGCAUUGACGCAUACCACAAAACAAAAUCGGUGUUUCUCAACACCACCACACACUUGGGGAUGGGGGGAGACCAUUUACGACCUGACGCAUUGCACGUGGGGUCCUUGUAAGCUGUUGCCGCAGUGAGCCUGGCCAGCUCAGGCUCCAGGCACCGUGGCGAGGGGCACACAGUUGGCACAGGACGGGUGGGGGACCUGGCGCCCUACAUUACGGUAUACGCUGACACUGUUUGCAUGCUGCAGGUAAAUAGGUAGAGCUGCUGAAUGGUGACCUGAGAGUGUUGACCUGGUCUGGCUUCAUGGGCAGGUAGGGCGGCAUCCACGCCGCGCUUUAGGGUGUCAGGUGGUCUGAAGUUGUGCAGGCCUUCAUUUGGGGUUGUUGGGGAGCAACAGUUGAACUGUAUCAAUUUACCUGCCUACCGAGACACUUGCUGUAUGCACCAGACCCAGGGGACCCCAAAGCCACAUAAGCACUAAGCGGCUGCAUACUCGUGUCAAGUUGGGAUGCCAGGGAGCGCGUUCGUGGCCACACGUCUAUGGUAUGUGCGAGCCGCUGGGAUCAUGCCCCGCCGUGGUGCUUGUCUCGUGGCAUGGCUGGUGGGCUGCUCCUUGCAAAGGCCAAGGCUGCCCAGUGGGCCCCUCCACAUUCAAUUGCACCUAACACCUCCUGGCAUGGUGUUCCCCAAGGGUAGGCACGUACCUGUGUAGUAUCCUUGUGUAGGAUUGGAGGGAAGGCCCCGGUUGCAACUGCGUCCUACCGCGGCGGGGUGUGGGCAGGCGGUACACCAUCAGGCAGGCCAUGGGAGACUCGAACACUGCAAAGGCCAGGACAUGCCCGGGAUUGGCCCAGGGCAUAUGGGAAGGUUUAGACUUUGGAUGCUCAGCUGUGUACGUGCACGCCCCCGAGUGAACCCGGGUUGGCCACCCGUGAAGCGUGUGAGGCGUGUGGACCACUGGGAUCCUUGGGGCCCCAAUUACUUUUUGUUCAGCACACCCGUAUUGCAUAACCAUAUGGUGUGCAUGGGACUGUUAGCGAAAGCUAAUGAGGGCUGAGUUACCAGGUGGGCCCCUUGCCUCCUUCACUUGGCCGUAUGUACGGGACUCUGGUGCGUGGCAGGGCAUGUGGAGGCCCCCAGUUGCUACUGCGCAUUGCCAGGCAAGGCAACCGUGCCAGAUACUGAGGCAUUGCUAGAAUUAUAGGCGUGAACGCCGCGGGAUGGGAUCACGCAGGCUGAAGACGACAGUUAGCAUGGGGCACGGCAAACCUGGUAAGGACAGGGAGGACCAAACAAGUGUGAAGGAGUAGUCUGAGGCUGGUGUCACGGCCUCUAGAAGGCCGUUGCAGCAGGGCACGCUGGAAUGACCCCCGUCUGUGGCACUUGGCAGCGCGGCAGCUCAUACGGUAUGCUGCAGCACGGAGUGGCAGGCACGGCCCGAGGAAAAGGCGGCUCGCUGAGCAUGCUGGGUACCCCUGGCAGUACGGCAGCGUGGUGCGGAAGCUGGGGUUGGUGUCUUGUGUAAGCGGAUAACGGCAAUGUCCGGCAUUGUGCAGGCUCAGGACAACAUAAAAGUAGAGGCAGGGAGGACCAUGUACAAAGGUACAGAAUCCCGAGGUUGAGGGUGGUGUUGAGAAACACCGAGUUUUUU